GCCGCCCCCCCCCCGGCGACGUCGGCGGCGCGGCCCGCCCCCCGCGGAGGGAGACGCCAUUGCGGGGUUGUUUGUGCAGCGGCGGCGGAGGCGGCGCCGCGGCUCGGGCACGGCCGGCUCCUCUCGGCGCGGCGAUCAUGUCCACUCCGGCGCGGCGCAGGCUGAUGCGCGACUUCAAGAGAUUGCAAGAAGACCCUCCUGUGGGUGUCAGUGGUGCACCGUCUGAGAAUAAUAUAAUGCAGUGGAAUGCAGUUAUAUUUGGGCCAGAAGGGACCCCUUUUGAAGAUGGUACUUUUAAACUAGUAAUAGAAUUUUCAGAAGAAUAUCCAAAUAAACCUCCAACUGUUAGGUUUUUAUCAAAAAUGUUCCAUCCAAAUGUUUAUGCGGACGGUAGCAUAUGUUUAGAUAUCCUUCAGAAUCGCUGGAGCCCAACAUAUGAUGUCUCAUCUAUUUUAACUUCAAUUCAGUCUCUGCUUGAUGAACCUAAUCCAAACAGUCCAGCAAACAGUCAGGCAGCACAACUUUAUCAGGAGAACAAACGUGAAUAUGAGAAAAGAGUUUCAGCUAUUGUUGAACAAAGUUGGAAUGAUUCGUAACAGCUGCUUUGUUCCUCUUCACCCUCAUAAUCAUUAUGUACAAUAUAACUCUCAAUAGAAAGGCUACCAGAAAUUUCAAGUGCCACAGUUCUAAGAAUUUGCAUAAAAACUCAUUUGCAAACAAAAUUAAGCCCUCCAGUUUAGAGAACUUAAAAGCUUGUGUAUCUUGAUUAACGUACUUUUUAUUGCAUGGUAUGAACUAAGUUAUUGCUACAUAAAUUUGUAAUAUAUCCUGUUUGUAUUUUUUUUCCAAGUGUAUAAUGUUGGUGUGGAGUUUUCAUGACAGAAUAUACACAUUUUGUAAAUCUGUACUUUUUCAAAUACUGAAUGCCUUAUUUUUGAAUUCUUUAGAUUUUUAAAUUGGAGAAGAGCACUUAAAGUUUUUAUAUAUAAAUAUUUCAUGUAAAACUGUUCAAUACAUAACCUCAGUGCAAGACAUUCUUCUCUCAUUCUGUAUCUCUUUCAAAGGACUCAUUUUUAGUCUGUUUUUCCUUUUUCGAUACAUGCUAAUUAUACCAUGCACUUUACAAACAGAAAAGUUAAUCUUAUGGUGUAACCAUCUUCACUGGAUUUCUCUGCAUCUGCACCAGAGCUUAACUUGAUUAUGCGUCCUCAGUUGUAUGAGGAGGAGAAGUAUUAGUGGCUGCCACCUUGCAAAUGGGGAAACAGAUGUAAAUGUUUUGCUGAAAAAAAUGCCACUGUAAAUCAGUGGCAUAGUUGCAAACGGGAUGCGGAUCACCAGACUUGAUAAUAAUGUAUUCUUAUAACUUUUACUUUUCAGGGAGAUUGUAUUUUACAAAGUUGUAAAAUGUUGUCAUCUAAACUUGUCCUGAUAUUGUAAUAUGGUUUUGAAUAUUUUUCUAAUAAUUAAAGAGGUCUCCCUUCAGUCUC